AUGUUUAUUAUGUGGCGCUUUUAUAUAUACAUAAGUAUAUUAAUGGCAUGGAGUAGUCGGCAAGUAGAGGGACAAAAAGACAAUAGGCUCGAUUGGGAUAUAAAGCUGAACGUUCCAGGAGAUGCAGGCAGAGACUACCCUACGUUAGAUGCAAUUCCAAGAACUCAUUUUUCAUGCGCGGGUCGAGAACCAGGUUAUUAUGCCGACCAAGAAACGAAUUGCCAGGUAUUUCGAAUCUGUACAGCUGGAACUACUUACGGUUUUCAGUCGUUUCUUUGCCCCAACGGAACUCUGUUUAACCAGGCCGUCUUCGUUUGUGAUUGGUGGAUGAACGUAAACUGUCAACAGGAAAUCCAGAAUAAUAACGAACGUUUUGAGAACCUUAAACCGGGACCACAACUUUUAAAGGAUGUUAGAAAAAUGAUUACACAUCCAAUGAGGAAUCCUAUUAGUAAUGGAUUUAUAAAAAACAAUUUCUUAGUAACGCAAACGUACAAACCUCCGUCCGAGUUGCUGUAUCCCAAUGGCGCCCUCACUUCUAGUCAUAAUAACAUUUUAUAUGUACCUUCUAAGGAAUCCUUCGGUGAACAUUUAUCAAAUGAUAUAAGCUUUGCUGCGUCGACGUCCUCACCACUAUUUAGUUUAUAUAGAGAAAAUCAGGGUACCCAAAACGUUCAAUUUAUUAAUAAACAAAGUGCUGAAAAUACUAAAGAAUACCAAGCAAACGUAUAUCGCACAAACACUCCGAGCCCAACUCAAGCAACUUUAUACGAACCAACAAACUAUAAUAAAUUAAAUUCUUAUGACAAUCGCAACAGUAAAGUCAAUGCUUAUAGCAAUCAAAAACAGCAAUUAGAAUUUGAAUCAUAUAGAACUAAUCAAGCACAAACAGUACACGCUAAAAAUAGUAACCUAAUAAAUGUAGAAGCUCAACAAAAUCUGGUAAGUACAAAUAUUCCACCCACUGUUAUAUCAAAAACUAUAGCAUUUAAAAGUAUUGUACCUGGUGAAAACGCAAGUAGUCCAAAAUCAAGAAUUACUUUUAAAACUUGGAUAUUAAAACCAAAAAAUAGAAAUUUUAUCAUAAAACCCACAGAGAGUAGCGAAAAGUUCAUUCAAUCUGCUUCGGAACCAUCGCCUUCGAUGUCCAAUCCUUAUGUUUACGAAAAACCAAAACAAAACUAUCAAUCGAGUACAAAAACCACUAAUGAUUACUUUUACAAUAAAAAAAAUACAAAUAGAAAGCAAGAAUCUAAUCGUGAUAUUUUAUAUAACGCGUCUCCCACAACAUUCCGUCCUAAUUUACUAAACAGACUUUAUUUAGAGUCAGACUUUAGCACGAAUACACCACCAUCACGGUAUGAAAUAACGACUUUAAGAUCACUACAAAAUACUUAUAUACCUUCACCAAAUGCAGAAAUAUCUAGACAAUCUUUAUCACCUAUUAAACAGUACAACCCACAACCAAUACAAACUAACCAGAAAGAAAAUCUAUUAGCAGCGUCAUCCUCUCAAACACCUCAAUACGAGUUAGUUGAACAAAAAAACAACAUUUCCCCGUUGUUUACCGUUACAAAGCAGUCGAAUGUUAACACUAACCAUAACAACAUAAGUUUUACUGAUGUAUUAACAAAAGAAAAAAUUGAUAUAACCGUUAAUGAUAUUAUACGGGAUACAAAUAAAAUUGUACAACCUACAUCAACACACCAAAAUUUUGCUCAAUAUCAGAAUGAGAACACCUUAUUAGAUAAAAAGCAAUUAAAAGUUGAUAACGAAAUUCUAAGCAAAGAAGAGUUAACAUCUAAGUCUCCAGAUAUUCCUACUAAAAGCUCAAAAAAAAUUGCGAUUCCAUCAAGUCAGCUGGAACCUCCCUUUAAAAUUUCAAAUAAUUUAUCGGAAAAUAAACUUUCUAAUCUACCUUUCUAUUUAGAACCCGUAAAUACUAUAGAGAGGACAAUUUCUAUUAAAAUUACCAUACCAGAAAAAAUUGCCAAAAUCAUUUUUAAGAACGCAACUUCUUCUGAUGACUUUGAGGUUUUAAAUACUGGUAGUAGCAAUUAUUUAGUAUAUGCAAAUAACCUGGCUACUAAAACUGGUGCCGGGCUUAUGCCAAUAGGGAAAUUGUCAUUAGGUAAAUUUUCAAAUAUUUCAAAUUCACAGGAUUUGGUGUUUUCAUUUCUGGCGGACUCUUUGAACGCAGCAAAAGACUAUAACAAUAUUGCAAAGCAGAAUGUAAUAACAACUCCAACACCACAACUACAGAACUAUAGAUACAGUAAUGCCGAAGAUAUAACUAGAAAAAUAUCAGAGCUUACAUCAACACAAUUUACAAAUAACAAUGUCAACAGACACAACAACAAAAAGCUUAUUUCAUCACCGUUACUAGCUAUUUCACAACAGAAAGCAGCUACACGGGAACACCACAACAGACCACAAAAUUUAUAUUAUCAACAAAGACAACAAACACCUGUUAAGAAGUUAUCAUACAGCCAGAUACGGCCGGUUGACUCAAGAAUCCCGACUAUUAAUAGUAGGAUUCAGAACCUACGACCACCCUCUAACCAUAUAUAUAGUGGUCAACUAUAUCAACACCCGGUUCCAGAAGUGACACGUGACUAUUACAACAUACCAAAUAUAAAAAACAACCUUUUUACUCUUCCAAAACUAAACGGGCAUAAAAACUUCCGACCUCAAAUUAGUAAUAAAAAGCAAAAUGUGCCUGACAUAGAAGUUAUUCGAUCUCAGCAAAUACCUAUCAACGAUAGAUUAGAACAAACGUCUAAUCAAGAAACCUUCCAAAAACAAGACGAACCGCCAAAUUUAAGCUCAUUUUUAACAUCCACAAAUGGAAUAACUGCACAAGUUCAAGAUACCAUUAGAGGAACCUUGUCGCAUCCCUUCGAUAAUGAUAAACUACUAACUUAUAACAAGGAUCAGUCGUUUUAUAUUUUUUCGCAAUUGAAUAACAAUCAUGAAAAUAAUCGAGUAAAUGAAGAAAUAAAUGAUCAAGAACACCUGCAACACUCAAAUAAUGAAAAAAUAGACAAUCUUGGUUUACAGUUAAUUCCAUCUAUAGGAUAUAAAUUAAGCGACAAAAGAGAUAAAGAACGAAUACUAAGCACUUUUCAAUUAAACGAAUUUGGUUCACCGACGGGAUCAGCAAAUUUGUAUCAGGAAGAUCUAACUACUAAUAUAGAUUAUUCCGUGAAGCACCCAUCGAGUUAUGGUGCAUCAUCUUUCAUCCAAAACGAAAGCCAAACAUUGAAAAAUAAAAAUUCCAACAUAGAAGACUUGGAUGCCCCUGAUCCAAACGGUUAUCCAAAAAUAUCACCGCAACCCAAAUUUAAUACAUAA